AUGAUUGACGAUCCCGUUUCAACAGGAACAACAAUCAUGGCUCUGAGGUACAGAGAUGGGGUGCUGGUGGCUGCCGACAGUAGAACAUCAAGUGGAGCAUAUGUAGUGUCCAGAAUAACAAACAAGCUUCACCAGGUUUCCGAAAAUAUCAUCUUUUGCGUCAGUGGGUCAGCUGCAGACACACAAAGAAUCAAGAGAAUAGUGCAAAGCGAAGUUAACAAGCUUAGUCUGAUUGAGAAUAAACCGCCCUCGGUAGACAAAGCGGCAAACAUGGUCAGCAAGAUUAUCUAUGAGAACAAGGACAACAUGACCGCAGCCAUAAUCAUUGCUGGAUUUGAUACAACAUCAAAGAUAAACAAGGUAGAACAUCUGCGGAACCAUUGA